AGUUACUUGAAAUAUUUCAGAGCUCCGCUUAAUCUUCAGGGAAAUGGAGAACCAGGAAGACAAAGCAAGACAGUACUAUUCUGUAAGUUUCGCCGAGGAACAAACAAACUUUGUGAAAGCCAGCCCACAUGACGUCAGGGAUGUGAUUCGACUUCUCAAGUACUGGAAAAAGACCGAAAAUGUUCCAGUGAGAUCAUAUUUCUUGGAGCUGCUGGUUAUACACAUGUGGCAAAAAAAGUGGCAAAGAACAUCAAAAAGGAGUGGUUAUACAAUGGUUGUUGAGGUUGUCAAUGAACUGACAAACAUUAAGGAAAUGAAGAUAACUUGGCCUGACAGAUACAUCUCUACAGAGUAUUCUCCCCUGCCGGAAAAACCUGUUCUGCUGGAUCCUUUGAACCCCUACAACAAUGUUGCGCCAUUUGUUAAUAAACUGAAUGAUAUUGUGGAAAAAUCCAGACCUCUCCUACUUAAAAUACGGAAAUAUUUGCCAACCGACCAUGCGAUGCCAAAACAAGACAACGAAUACACGACGGUCCUUGAGAUUCCAGAAUUAGACGAAGAUAGUUGGGUUGACAAUGAUGAGACAACUUGGGAAAAAGCGGACAAUUCCUGUGGAUGUAUCAUUAUUUAAAGUAACAAACCCUAGUUUUUAAACAUUACGGUGUAUUUUUCACUAUUAGAGCCGGGUUUGUUGUUGUUUUGAUAAUUGACAUCUGACAUUACUUAGAUUUCAUUGUUUACAUUAUCCAUUUCUGUACACCGAAAGUGUUUCUCGUUAUCAUGAUGUUUCUAAUACAACAAAAUUUAUUUUUGGUAUUAUUAAAUACACACGUACUUCUGAAAAGUAACGGUUGUGAAGA